CGAGACGAGCCUGCAAGCUCAUUGCGCUUCCGACGGCCGCGGGCUCCAUCAGUGUCUCCAGGUGCGCUAUCGAGCUAGACCGUCGUAGCGCCGUGGUCGGCUGGGAAGACCGCGCCGAGCGAGCCAGUGACACCUAAAACGCGCGCCUUAGCUCGCCCAGCUUUGCUUGCCAACGAGCUCACAACGCUCGGCGUACUUGUCGAGCUGUGUCCCCAGCAGCCUUCGAGCAAUCGAUCAUCUGUCUGCUGUCGCUUUGUGCAGCAGUUGCUCGCGAAGCUGCAUCUUCGGCCCAGCCACGUCGCUUAGACGCUAGCUCGCCAAUCAGCUGGGCUGCAGCCGGCCCACUCGCGCAAGCUGCAUAGAAGCAGAUCGUCGUCAAGAUGCAGAUGCUCACCAAGUUCGAGUCAAAGUCCAACAGGGUCAAGGGGAUUGCCUUUCAUCCAAAGUUGACCUUGUUGGCUGCCUCGUUACACUCUGGCAGCAUACAGAUAUGGAACUUCCAGAUGGGUACCCUCGUAGAUCGCUACGAUGAGCACGAUGGGCCUGUACGCGGUAUCGCUUUUCAUCCUACUCAGCCCAUCUUUUGCUCGGGCGGCGACGACUACAAGAUCAAGGUGUUCAAUUACAAGACCAGAAGGUGUCUCUACACGCUCCACGGUCAUCUCGACUAUGUCCGAACGGUCUCCUUCCACCACGAACAACCCUGGAUUCUCUCUGCGAGUGAUGACCAAACCGUCAGAAUCUGGAACUGGCAAAGCCGGACGUGUAUCGCCAUACUCACAGGUCACAAUCACUAUAUCAUGUGCGCGCAAUUCCAUCCCAAGGAUGACCUGAUCGUAUCCGCCUCGAUGGAUACCACCGUCCGCGUCUGGGAUAUCUCCGGCCUGCGCAAGAAGGCCACCACUGCUCAACCGAUGACGUUUGAGGAGCAAGUACAGCGUGCUAACAAUGGCCAACAAGCGGAUCUCUUUGGGCAUACCGACGCAGUCGUCAAAUACGUCCUCGAGGGACAUGACAGGGGCGUCAAUUGGGCUGCGUUCCACCCGACCCUGCCUUUGAUCGUUUCUGCGGGCGAUGAUCGUCAGAUCAAGCUGUGGCGGAUGAGCGACACGAAAGCCUGGGAGGUCGAUACUUGCCGUGGCCAUUUCAACAACGUCUCUUGCGCUCUGUUCCACCCGAAGCACGAAUUGAUCAUCUCCAAUGGCGAAGAUCGCACGAUUCGCGUCUGGGACAUGAGCAAACGUACAGCUGUUCAGACGUUCCGCCGCGAGAACGAUCGUUUCUGGGUGCUUACUGCUCACCCCGAGCUUAAUCUCUUUGCGGCCGGUCACGACUCCGGCCUGAUCGUGUUCAAACUCGAUCGCGAAAGGCCGGCCUUCAGUCUGAGCAGCAACACGCUCUUCUAUGUGCGCGACAAACAAGUCCGCGCCCAUGAUCUCAACAGCAAUGCGGACGCCUCUGUCGUCAGCGUGCGACGUCUGGGCAGCCAGUAUGUGCAGCCAAGGACGUUGAGCUACAACCCUGCAGAGCGCGCCGUCAUCGUGACAUCUCCUUCCGAGCAUGGUGUCUACGAGCUCGUGAGCUUGCCCAAGGACAUCUCCUCGGGUGAAACGAAAGACUCGGCAGUCGAUGGCAAGCGCGGCAACGGUGACUCUGCCCUCUUUGUCGCUCGUAACCGAUUCGCAGUGCUCGAUAAGGCCAACCAGACGAUCACAAUCAAAGAUCUGCAGAACUCGCCCACGCGAACGAUCGCAUGCCCAGUAUCAACGCAAGAGAUGUUUUACGGGGGCACCGCCAGCUUGCUCCUCUCUACUCCAACAUCCGUCGUCCUCUUUGAUAUUCAGCAGCAAAAGAUGCUUGCGGAGAUCUCGACGCCGCCCGUCAAAUAUGCAGUCUGGUCGAGUGACGGAAACUGGGUCGCUCUGCUGAGCAAACACACCAUCAUGCUCGCCGAUAAGACGCUCGGCCAAAGCGCGAUGAUUCACGAGACAAUCAGGAUCAAGUCUGGAGCAUGGGAUGAUUCUGGCAUCUUCAUCUAUUCGACGCUGAACCACAUCAAAUACGCUUUGCCCCAGGGCGAUAACGGGAUCAUCAAGACGCUGGAUCAGCCUGUAUACUUGACUCGCAUCAAGGGCAAAACAGUAUACUGUCUCGACCGCAACGCAAAGCCACGCACAAUGCAGAUAGAUCCAACCGAAUACAGGUUCAAGCUGGCGCUGGUCAGACGCAAUUAUGACGAAGUCUUGCACAUCAUUCGCACCUCAAACCUCGUCGGUCAGAGCAUUAUCGCGUAUCUGCAGAAGAAGGGAUUCCCGGAGAUUGCGUUACACUUUGUUCAGGACAAGACAACGCGAUUCGAUUUGGCGAUCGAAUGCGGAAACCUGGAUGUCGCUCUGGAGAUGGCGAAAGCGAUAGACCGCGAAGAGAAUUGGACGACGCUCAGCCAGCAGGCGCUUAAGCAAGGCAACCAUCAAAUCGUCGAGAUUGCGUACCAGCGUACGAAAGCUUUCGAGCGGCUGUCCUUCCUCUAUUUCAUCACUGGCAAUCAGGAUAAGCUCGCUAAAAUGGCAAAGAUUGCCGACAUGCGAGGAGAUCAUAUGUCGCGCUUCCACAAUGCCCUAUACCUAGGCAACGCUGCCUCUCGCGUUCAAGUCCUCAAGGAUGUAGGCAUGUUUCCGCUUGCUUACAUGACGGCAAAGUCGAACGGGCUUGAGGAGCUCGCCGACGAAGUGCUUGUCUCUGCUGGUCUGACAGUAGAAGAUCUUGCAAAUGUGCAAAUGCCCAAGCUCGGCCAUGUUGCGCCGCCUCAAGCGAUCACAGCAACGCAGUCUCUCAACUGGCCUUCUGUUGGCCACAAGGAGAGCUUCUUCGAUCGUGCGCUCACGGCGCAAGGCAAUAGCGAAGCGCCAGAAGCUAUCGAGACCUUCACGAAUGGACACGCAAAUCCGCAAGAGUCGGCAAUGGAAGAAUGGAAAGGUGGUGAUGACGCUGAGGCUGGAGAGGCAGCGGCAGAAGACGCUUGGGAUCUCGGCGGCACGGAGGAGGUGGCAGCAGAUGAUGAAGAGAUUGCACCUGAAGCUGUCAGUGCGGUACCUGCAGCACUCGAUGCGAUCGAGGACGCAACGCCGGGCAUAUCAGAGAAUGACCUCUGGGUCCGCAAUUCACCUUUAGCAGCAGACCACGUGGCGGCAGGCUCUUUCGAUACAGCGAUGCAGUUGCUCAGCCGGCAGGUGGGCGCUGUCAACUUUACGCCCUUGAAGCCACUGUUCAUGUCGAUCUACCGCUCCUCCCAUCUGCAUCUGUCCGCGAACGCGUCUCUACCGCCUUUGUCAAUUGCGCUGCGUCGUAAUCCAGAUGAUACCGAGCCGCGCAGCCUGCUACCGAUAGCGCCUCGAUCGCUGCAGUCAAUUACUGCCAACGAGCUCAGAGCGGCCUAUGCGGCCUUUAAGAAGGCAGCGUUCGCGGAAUGCGCAGACAUUUUCCGCUCAAUCUUGCACUCGCUACUAUUCGUCGUUGCCGCAAACGCGGAGGAGGUUGCAGAGCUCCACGAGCUGGUCUCGCUGUGUAGAGAAUACCUGCUUGGCUUGUCGAUCGAGAUGGAAAGACGCAAAGUUGCUGCAGAGACACCGGGUGAUAUUAAGAGGCAACUCGAGCUAGCGGCCUACUUUACGCAUUGCGGUAUUCAGCAGGUGCAUCUCGCGCUCGCACUGCGAUUGGCCAUGACGACGUUUACGAAGAACAAGAACUUUAGUACUGCCGCCAUCUUUGCUCAGCGUCUUCUGGACACAAACCCGGACGCCAAAGUUGCACAGCAAGCAAAGACGGUGAUCGCAGCCGCUGACAGAAAUCCGCGAGAUGCUGUUGAGAUCGAUUACAACCAUUUCGAGACGUUCAGCAUCUGCGGCGCUUCCCUAAGUCCGAUCUACACGGGCUCACCAUCGUCUGACGAUCCUCUUACGGGCACUCGCUACAAGCCCGAGUACGCAGGUCAGCUCUGUCGGAUCUCACAGAUCAGCGAGAUCGGCAAGGCUGCGAGCGGGCUACGAGCGAUGCUGUAAGGGCUUUGUUGGAGUGGACGAGCAUACUAUGAUGAAAAGAGACAACAACAAUGCAACGUUUUGUUCGAUACUGCUCGCAUGUACUUUCGCUCAUCGUCGGCGAGAUGCCGGUGUCCAAUCGUGGACUUUCCAGCCCGGGUCUGCUUCUGUGCCCGGCUUGAGACCAACGAGAGGUGACCUUGCCAUAGCUUCACGCUUGCGUUCGAAUUCGAGCUCGCUCUCUGUCGGUUCUCGCGGAAGCAGCUGACCCGGGUAGCCCGUACGACCGUCACGGCCUUGUGGAAUGAAGUCCGGCUGAGCCGGCAGAGCGUCGAUCUGCGCGGAUGCCGCCU